AUGCCCGGCAAGCACGUCGAUAGCGACCCAUCGGCCGCCGGCCGUCCGUGCCAAAGAUGUCGCAUUUCUGAGGCGUCAAUCAUCGUGCGCAGCGAGCCUCUUUGCAGGGAUUGCUUCAUGAAGUACGUAAAUACUAAGGCCAUUAAGCGCAUGGAAUCCUAUGCCUAUUACGUCAAGAACCGCUCUGCCAACGAAGAGCGAAAGCUGCUCCUCCCCGUCUCUUUUGGAGUAUCCUCCGUUACGCUGCUGUACCUUCUAGACGAACACUUGAAGAGGCAAACGGCCAAGAGUGGUCGCACUGGAUACGCAUUGCACAUCUUGUUCGUAGACACGGCCGCCGUGGAGAAGGACGUUCCCGAAGCAGGUAUGCUGGAUAAGCUAAAGGAAGCAUUUCCUGGCUAUGAGUACAGUAGUGUCGCGCUCGCCGACAUCUUCGAGAGCAGCGACGCCAAGGAAGUCCUGCAGGAAAUCCCUGAAGUGGCGUCUGCAGAGACGGCAGGCGAGGCUGGAACGCCGCAAGAGAGACUGGAGCGUCUAGUUCUUUCUCUGCCCUCUGCAACCUCACGGUCGGACGUCAUUACCAGGCUCAAAGUCAGGGCCAUUGUAAAGUUUGCGCAGAACCAUGGUUGUAAGGGCAUCGUGUGGGGUGACAGUACCACGAAGAUUGCGGAGAAGACACUGGCCGAGACCGCCAAAGGACGUGGCUUCUCAUUGCCCUGGCAGGUAUCGGACGGCAUGUCGCCCUUCGGCAUCACCUUCAACUAUCCGCUCCGCGAUCUGCUUAAGAAGGAAUUGGUAGCUCACGCGAAGGUUACUGCUCCACCGUUGACAGAUUUGAUCCACGCGGAGAAACCAACCCAGGUCUCAGCCAGCGCGAAGAACAACACAAUCGAUGACCUAAUGAAGCAGUAUUUCGAAUCUGUGGAACAGGACUAUCCUAGUAUUGUGGCGAAUGUCGUUCGCACAUCAAGCAAGCUCGAGCCCGCCACAACAGAGGAUGACAGAUGCCAGUUAUGCAACAUGCCGGUAGCCGGAGCACGCCAUGCUUUGCCCGUCAUUGUCGUGAAGCAGCAGUCGGACACCGUUGACUCUACCGUCGACUCAGCGUGGGUAUCAUCUCCAAACGUACGCGGGACGUACGGCCUGAUCCUCGGCUGUCUGGCAACUUCAUUUCUGUCCGCCUGGAUCGCAUGGCAUCCCAACUUCAACCCUGGGAGGUCCCAGGUCAAGCUUCUCUUCGAGCGCCUGCUAUGGAUUGUAGCUGUCAUGGCUGCACCAGAGAUCGUUCUUAUCUCUGUCUGGUCACAAAGAUGCGCUGCACGAAAGCUUCGAGAGGAGAUCAAUGAGCUGGGCCAGCGAGCGUAUGACGCCGAAGACAUUGACACAGCCGUACGUUCCUAUGAGGAGCAUCUCCAGGACAAGCGAAUGUCCACUUGGAAGCCCUCCAAUUUGCCUAGACGGCUCUCAGCACCAGUCCUUAACGCUUCUAAGCUCUCUGUAGCAUCUCUACGGUCUUUCAAUGCGUUUCAACAGCCCAAUCCCAGCCAUCCCUCCCCAAGCAUCUAUUCCCAUUCGGAUAGCCGCUCUGAGACCAUGGUCUCAUCUGAUUCCACCCACUCCCGAACCUCAAGCCGGGGGUCCGAAUCAACGAUUAACAAAACUAUCUUCUCCCCCUGGACUCUCAAUGACGCCUUCCUGGCGGCCUCCGGCGUUUUCACUGUUGACUCGUCAACCUUCUGGACGACCGAUACCCUUACCUUUACCCCCGCCGGUAUACUCGAUCUCGCCCGCGCCGGCCUUCUUCCCCCCACUCGUCCCUCCACCCACACAGACAAAAGCAAACGCGACAUCAUUGCCAUCUUCCUUGUCGGCAUUCAAUGUCUUUGGUUUAUGGCUCAAUUUUUUGCUCGUCUCUCCCACCAGCUUCCCGUCACUCUCCUCGAAAUCACCACCAUCACCCAUCUCCUCUGCACCCUCGCCAUCGCCACCACCUGGGCCCGCAAGCCCUGGAACGCAGCCAGCAGCACCCCGCUCCUCUGCGACCACGAGCGCCUGACCGACCUCGCCGCCCUCUUCGCCAUCGACCCGCACAUCUCGCACACGCUCAACCAGGACAAGAACCGGCUCGUUUACCCGAUCGACAUCACCGAGGCGACCGAGGCGCUCUCCAACGCCUCCUUCUCGCCGCGCACCCUCUCGCACAAGUCGAAGCGCGACUCAUCGUGGCAGCUCACCGAGGACGGCCACGCCAAAGUCGCCGAGCUGCACGUCCGCGCCUGCCGCGCCCUCGAGCACCUGCGCCGCCGCCACCGCGCCCUCGUCAUCGGCAGCCCCGUCGGCCAGAGCCCCCCGCCGCCCAGCCUGCGCUUCGUCGAGCCCCGCGUCGUCGCCCGCGGCCGGAGCGAGUGGAGGGUCGAGGCGUGGGACGCGCUGAUGGGGAAGGGGGGAGACGUCUCUGCUGUUGUCGCUACUGCUACCGACGACCCUGGCUAUGCUCGGCGCGCUGUUUUCGCUGUUGUUGCGCCGGCUGCUGUGGCUGCGGCGCUGCUGGGCGCCGUGGUGAUGGGCGUGUCGUGCGCGUCUUCUGCUGGCUUCUUCCCGACGGACGUCGAGAGGUUGCUGUGGAGGGUGGCGGGGCUCGUCGUCAUCGGAGUUGCUGUUGCUCUCGUGACGUGUGGAGGUGCAUGGGGUCGGUGGAUGGGAGCAGGCGGUGUGCCGUGGAAGAAGAGGGCUGUUUACGCGGCCGGUGGAGUUUUGGGCGCGCUGUACGUGGUUGCGAAGGUGUUUGUUCUGAUUGAGGUGUUUGCGAGUUUGAGAGCGCCGUCGGAGGGGAUAUAUGAGGAUGUGGCGGGUGUGCGGUGGGUGCCGCAUGUAGGGUGGUGA